UCUUUUGAGGUCUCCAUUUUUGUUCACAGAUUACCCAAAUUCCUCUCUUUUUCACCUUUUGUUUCUUUUAUCUAACCGUUGUUCCAAAAGAACCCCGUUGAAAAAGUAACCCACCUUCAUUUACUGCAUCAAUCUUCUUCUUUUAUAAGUACUUCUAUAUAUAAAUAUCUGAGUUAAAAAGAAAAAACAAGAAUUGAAAAACACCCAUUAAUUCAGUUUGCUAGCUGUUUCUUUUUAAGAAGUGUUCCAAAUUCCAAGCAUUUCUUUGUUUACCAUGUGAAUUGAACUGAAAAAAUCAUUAAAGAUUUGAUUUUUUAGUGACCUUCCUUCUUUCUUUCCUUCCUUCCUUUUAUGGCGCUCAAUGUUGUGUUUAUCUCUUUAUAAGAUGAUUUAAGAGGGAAAGAAGAAGUUUGUUUCUUGAGUUAGGGUUCUUUUGUUUCUGGGUUCUUUUUUCUUCAUUGUUGGAAUUCUUCAAUCUACCAAAUUAUAAGAAAUUAAGGUUGGGUUUGUUGAUUUUUCAACUGGGUAUGAUGAAAUUCAGAAGGAAAGGAGAUGGGAAUUUUGUGGGUUUCUUGUUGAUGCUGGUUUUAUCAUCAAUCUUGAGUGUUUCUGCUGAUAGUUCUCCUAAUCUCUUCUCUGAAUGGAUGUCUGCAAAACCUAGGCACUCAAAUCUUCUAAAAUAUGCUCUGACAAGCGAAACUUCACCUGGAGAGCCUUCUGAGCUUUGGUCCCCAUUACCAGAUCAAGGUUGGAGACCAUGUGGAGUUAAUGGUGGAGCUGCAAAGCCAGCUAACUCAUCUGGAUAUCUCCAAGUAUUUCUUGAUGGAGGUCUGAACCAGCAACGCAUGGGGAUUUGUGAUGCUGUUGCCGUUGCUAAGAUUUUGAAUGCGACAUUGGUAAUCCCCCUACUCGAAGUUAAUCCUGUUUGGAAAGACACAAGCUCAUUUGAAGAAAUUUUUGAUGUGGAUCACUUUAUUGAUGUCUUGAAGGAUGACAUAAACAUAGUUAAAGAGCUUCCAUUUGAGUAUGCAUGGAGCACCAGGGAGUUCUAUUCCACUGCUAUUCGUGAAACCAGAGUUAAAACUGCACCCGUGCAUGCUUCAGUUCAUUGGUAUCCUGACAAUGUUUUGCCUAUACUUCAAAGCUACGGAAUUGCUGCAAUUUCCCCUUUUUCUCAUCGUCUAGCAUUUGACAACAUGCCUGAAGAUAUCCAACGCCUACGCUGUAAAGUAAACUUUCAGGCAUUAACGUUUGUACCGCACAUCAGAGCGCUUGGUGAUGCUCUUGUGAAUCGGCUCCAAUACCCAUCUUCAAGAAGUGAACCCGAACAUGGGUUACUUCAACAGUUCAAUUAUAGAAAAGGGUAUAGAGAGCCACAAAAGUUUGUUGUUCUACAUCUCCGAUUUGAUAAAGACAUGGCUGCCCAUUCAGCCUGUGAUUUUGGUGGUGGCAAAGCUGAAAAGUUGGCGUUAGCAAGGUAUAGGCAAGUAAUGUGGCAAGGAAGAGUUCUGAACUCUCAGUUCACAGAUGAAGAGUUGCGAAGUCAAGGUCGUUGCCCGAUGACCCCAGAAGAAGUUGGACUACUUCUAGCUGCUCUCGGGUUUGAUAAUAGUACACGUUUAUAUCUUGCCUCCCAUAAGGUGUAUGGGGGAAGAGCUAGGUUAGCAACUUUAAAGAAACUAUUUCCUUUAAUGGAAGACAAAAAGAGCCUUGCUUCAGCAGAUGAGCGUGCACGGAUCAAGGGGAAGGCUUCCUUGCUUGCGGCUUUAGAUUAUUAUGUCAGCAUGCAUAGUGACAUCUUCAUUUCUGCUUCUCCAGGAAACAUGCAUAACGCACUGGUUGGACAUCGAACAUUCGAGAGUUUGAAGACCAUAAGGCCGAACAUGGGUUUGUUGGGUCAGCUCUUCUUGGACAAAAACAUGAGUUGGGUAGAUUUCAGACAAGCAGUAGUCGAGGGUCAUCAUUAUAGACAUGGCCAGUUGCGAUUACGAAAACCGAAACAAUCCAUCUAUACAUACCCUGCUCCGGAUUGUAUGUGCCGUGCUUGAGGUUUGUUUAUAAACGGUCUCUUUAGGAGUUACUUUUCUCCAUAUAUGAUUUUUAUUAUAGUAUCACCUAGUAUUAUUGGUGGGUUUUUGUAAGCAUUUUAAUAAAAGUUGAGCCCAUUCGUUUUACUUGUAAAUGUCGCAUAUAUUUGAGCAUGUUACGUUCAGAAGAUCAGUAUAGUGUAUGAGUUUGAGAGGUCAGGCUUCUAUCUUUUUGGAUGAUGAUGUAUGAUGAUUAGUGAAUAACAGAUGUAUUUUUUUGCAUGGA